AGCAUGCGUACCUUAUCAGAAGUUGAUAAAUUGAAAUUGAACAUGCGUAAUUACCUUCUAUGAAUAGGGGAAAAAAUACACAAAACUCUUCGUUUGUGGAACAUGCGCAUUCGUUCUUAGUGGCUUUUUUUUCCUUGCUGAAAGUGAGCAUGCGCAUAGCGAAGAGGCGGGGCCUCUGAAGUUUGAACGGCGCCGAAACGGCGGUCCCGGGGCUGUCAGUGAGUAGGAGUUCCUGGGACCCGCGAGGAAAAAGCGCGUUGGCUUUGCUGGUUACCAGAUCAGUGGCCUUGGGAAAGUCUCACGAGCUCACGAGCUCUCGAAGCCUCAGUCGUCUUAUCUGUAAAACGAGGGCAGUGCCUACUCUGCGGGUUUGAAAUUCUAAGUUUGGAGUCUGGCUCACUAUCACUGUGACCCGGUGCUGCCUAGACCCGACGUGGGUGCGGGCUUUAUCAAAAAUCAUCUCUUUUCUUUGUUAAGCACCACGAAGACCUGUUCUAAUCCGUCAUCUGCGCUUCGUUCUCCAAGAUCCCUCUUUCUUGCAAUCUUCCCUGUUGCUCAUUCUUUUGAGGGAACAGACUUCGUUUGCAGCUCAGCAUGUCAAUAGUGACAGUGCAACUCGGCCAGUGUGGCAAUCAGAUUGGUUUUGAAGUGUUUGAUGCUCUGUUCAGCGAUUCGCACUGUUCCCAGGGUUUUUGCUCUAAGAAAGAGAAUGAGGCGUAUCAAGCAUCUUGCAAAGAAAGGUUCUUCAGUGAGGAGGAGAAUGGAGUUCCAAUUGCCCGGGCUGUACUCGUUGACAUGGAACCUAAAGUUAUUAAUCAAACACUGUCAAAGGCUGCCCAGUCUGGAAGAUGGAAGUAUGGUCAGCAUUCAUGCUUCUGUCAAAAACAAGGUUCUGGAAACAACUGGGCAUAUGGUUACUCUGUUCACGGACCCAGGCAUCAGGAAUCAAUAAUGAACCUAAUCCAGAAGGAAGUGGAGAAAUGUGACUCUUUGAGUGGUUUCUUCAUCAUAAUGAGUAUGGCUGGGGGCACAGGAUCAGGGCUUGGAGCCUUCAUUACACAGAAUUUACAAGAUGAAUUCUCAAACUCUUUGAGAAUGAAUCAGAUUAUAUGGCCUUAUGGAACUGGUGAGGUGAUUGUGCAGAACUACAACUCCAUUUUGACUCUUUCUCACCUGUACCGAUCUUCAGAUGCCCUCCUUGUUCAUGAGAACGAUGCUGUCCAUAAGAUCUGUGCAAAACUCAUGAAUAUCAAGCAGAUCUCCUUUAGCGAUAUCAACCAAGUCCUUGCUCAUCAGCUGGGAAGUGUGUUUCAGCCCACUUACUCUGCAGAAGGCUCAUCUCACUACAGAAGAAAUCCACUAGGAGACUUGAUGGAGAAUUUAGUGCCCCAUCCUGAAUUCAAGAUGCUAGGCAUUCGCAACAUUCCUCAGAUGCCAGAAAAUUCAUUGGCGUACAGCGCAUUUACUUGGGCCGGCCUCCUCAAGCAUUUGAGACAGAUGCUCAUUUCUAAUGCGAAAAUGGAAGAAGGUAUUAAUUGGCAAGUACGGCCUCCUUUGUCAGGGCUGCCUCCCCUGGGCAGAGCGUCUGUGGGCGCGGAGCCGCAUUUUAACACUUCCAUUGCUAACCUGGUCAUCCUUCGUGGGAAAGAAGCACACAGUGCCGAUCUGGAGGGCUUUAAAGAGCCAGCUCUCUACACGUCCUGGUUAAAGCCCGUGGACGCCUUCAGCGUGUGGAGAACCCAGCGAGCCUUCAGAAGAUACGAGAAGUCUGCAGCGUUGGUCAGCAACAGCCAGUUCUUAGUGAAGCCACUCGAUACGAUCGUCGGCAGAGCAUGGAACAUGUUUGCUUCGAAAGCCUAUAUUCACCAAUACACAAAAUUUGGAGUUGAAGAGGAGGACUUUUUGGACAGUUUCACAUUGCUAGAGCAGAUUGUUGCCAGUUACUGUAACCUCUGAUCGGGGACAAGGGGAAAGGACCCGAAGGCUUUUGGGGAUGAAAAAAGGCAGAGUAGAAUGCUGACUCCAUCCUGCUCGCUAUGCCCACUGAAGAGAGAACGUUUGAAAUGGGGAGUGUCAUGUGUUCCAUGAAGACAUCCACUUGGUAUUUAUUUUAUUUGCAAGAAAGUAAGAUGGUGCUCCUGUGCAGAGCUGGGGAACACUGUGACGGGAUGUGGGGAUCCUGCAGCUCUCCAGGGAGGGAGCGCUGCUGUUUGUCCCCAGGGGCCUAAUUCUUUUCUCUUUACUCAAAAAAGAUUCACUAAUGGGAAAUACAUUUUCACAUCACAUCUUUAAGAAUUUGCAGUGUUCUACUUGAAUGUAAUCUUGGAAAUGGAUGCUUUGACCACAAGAGGGAGAUGUUGUCACAGGCUACAGGGGGAACGUCUAUUUUUGAAUAUUCUGUAACAGGGUAAGAUUUUCCACUCUGCAGCUUUUUAAAAACAAAUAGCAGGAUUUUGGUAAACACCGAUCAAAACUGAAUAAGGAAAUGUAUACUUUUUUGAUUUUCUUAAACAUUCCGGGUAUGAGAAAAUUGGUCAGGUUUUCUUUGGGGCCUUCAGGGUCGAUUUUGUUCUGCUGUCGCCUUAAAGUUACCGAUGGGUGGGAGCCAGUCACAUGCUCUGCGGUAAAAUGGGAAGAGCUUUCGCCCAGAUUUUUCACUCAAUUGCGGUAACAGAAUUUUCACCAAGGAAAUCCCGGGCUUAAUGGAACUGACAUAUGCAGAUGUGGGCUUCACUCAGGAGGAAACAGACUUGGAAACUGGCAGCUGAGCUGGAGGGAAAUGGUGUACUUCAAUCAGACACAUCGCAGUCAAUGCAUUAACAAACGUACGCUGGGAAACAAAUAGGAACAUUUUCCCUUUCUGCCAAAUCUACUAGAAGUGACUUUUAGUUUUAUAUGGAAAGAUGACAGUUUUCAGCCUCACUGGUUUCUUCCUUUUCUUUCCAUAUGGAAAUGAUUACCUUUUUGUUGUUUUUCUUAUCAACUGUUGCUAUGAUUUUAAAAACUGGAUCCUAUCUUAUGUAUAAGGAAUGCAAAAAGUGGUCUGCUCAGCUGCUCAAAGGCACACCCCACUGCUGCAUUUUGGUAACCCAAGUAUUCUCCAAAAUAAUUAGAUCAAGGCCAGCGCUGUGGCGUAGCGGGUAAAAACACCACCUGCAGUGUCAGCAUCCAGUAGGGGUGCCAAUUCAAGUCCCAGCUACUCCACUUCCGACCCCGCUCUCUGCUGUGGCCUGGGAAAGCGGUAAAGGAUGGCACAAGUCCUUGGGCCCCUGCACCCACACAGGAGACUUGGAAGAAGCUCCUGGCUCCUGAUUGGCACAGCUCCAGCCAUUGCGGCCAUCUGGGAGGUGAACCAGCAGAUGGAAGACCUCUCUCUCUCUGCUUCUCCUGUAACUCUGCCUUUCAGAUAAAUAAAUAUUAAAAAAAAAAAAAAAAGAAUUAGAUCAUACUUCUUGCAAAACAAAGUUAAAGUAAUUGUUUAGCAUUGAAGAGAUCCAAAGAUUGAAGCAAUCUCCCAGAUGAACAGCAAUAAUGAGGCUCUAACCGCAUUGCCUCACCAGCAGUUAAGCUGAUGCUAAGGAACCUUGCUAGAAGAAAGUCCUAAGUUGAAGCUCUCUGAUACUACAGAGGGGAAUUCAUCAAUUUCCAAUGGGGGGAGCAUAUUUGUAAUCUGGCAGCUUUUAGAGUCAACGGCAGAUGAAUAUUUAAAGGAAAAUUCAAUUAAGACAGAGUGAGUUGAUCCUUUUUAAAAAAAUGACCAACAGCUCCAUUUUUGGAUAUAUUUGGAUACCUAAAUAUUUUAAAGCUUGUUUUAAACAUUUAUAUGGAAAACAGGGUAGAAGAUUAUUGUUGCUUUUAUUUCUCUUUUUAUUGGCCUAUUUGGACAAUAUCAAAAUUUUGCUGUUAUUUCCCAUUAAAAAUUAACGUAGGAAAGCUGAUGUCAAAGUUUUAUGAUAUGAAGUGGCACUGGAAAUAGCUGUUAUGUGGAGAAAACAGCCAGUCAGCCAGGAAAAGAUUCGUGUCAUGAACUCCUGGGUAUUCAGAUCCAGAAAACUUUGAAAAUGGUAUUUCCUAGAUUACUCGUACUGGCAGACAGACAUUACCCUGGCGAGCCGGGGCGUGCCGCUGUGGGCCAGGGGCAGGGCGGAAACGCAAAGGGCUGCUUGGUUUCCGUCCUUCUCACUCCUCCACCUCCCCUGCUCGUGCCUUUCUCAAGGACAUUUUACUCCAAACCGUAGAACCUGCUGCUCCCUGACGAUUCCCUCCUACUUCUAGCUUUGAGCUCCCCGGCCCCUGUACAUGACAUCUUUCUCCUAUAUUUCACCCGUCACUUGGAACUGAGUGUACCAACAGUUCACCUUCAGCAGCCAAUUCGCUCAUUCAACCAGGAUCCAUUCAGUGCAGGCACUGAACCAGAUGGCGAGGAUUCAGCGUUCAAUACCACGUAGUCUAAAUAAAGAAGCUACCAUACAGUAAGUUGCUUUGGCUAUCAGGAGUACAAUUCUAGCUUCCUAUCAUUAUUUUGCUUGUGAGAAUAUUCAACAUUAAAAAACAAAACAAAACAGGAGAAAAGAAUGUGGUUCAAGAAAAAACAAUGACCUGGGAGCUCCAGUCUGAGCUCUGGAUGGUGCAACCUCUCCCCCGGCCGUGCAGACUUGGCAGACUAGUUUGCAGUGUACACACCAGAGUUUUCUGACCACCAUGCUUAUCACACUUGAAUUCCUGUCCAGAUUUUUUUGUUUAAAUAACAUGCUCCAUGCGUCCCUAUUUGAGCCCAAAGCCUGGCAAUCAACUCUUCUGCCAUCUACCUAACAGAUAGUGCUUUACCCAGGAACUUGUCCUUGUUGGCAACAAUGCUUAACUGUAUCAAUGACAUUGUUUCUUAUUGGUUUUACCAAGAGAGUAAACUUAAAAGCCUGGUUUUAUAUUUUUAGCUAAAUCACUUCCUGCUCCUAGGCCCUGAAAUGGCUCAGCUGAUGCAAUGUCAGCCUUAUUAAUAGAUGGAAUCACAUUUUUGCAAGUAAGAAUGCUUGCACAUGGCGUUAAGGCAAACACAGAAACCUGUUGCAAGUUUCUGGGAAACACAGUGUUGGGUCAGUGUAGAAGAAAAUGUAGGGGCCGGCACUAUGGUGCAGUGGGCUAGGCUUCCACCUGCGUGCUGGCAUCCCGUAUGGGCACCGGUUCUAGUCCCAGCUGCUGUGCUUCCUCCCAUCCAGCUUAUGGCCUGGGACAGCAGUGGAAGAUAGCUCCAGUCCUUGGGCCCCUGCACCCACGUUGGAGGUGGACGAAGCUCCUGGCUCCUGGCCUUGGAUUGGCCCAGCUCCAGCCAAUGAGACCAUUUGGGGAGUGAACCCGGAGACGGAAGACCUCUCUGACUCGCUGUCUGUAACUUUGCUUCUAAAAUAAAUCAAUAAAAUCCUUAAAAAAAGAAGAAGAAAAAGAAAAUGUGGCAUUCAAACUAUAAGAAAGGGAGAAGUGAAAGUCCCCAUCAUGGGGCCAGCGCUGUGGCAAAGUGGGUAAAGCUGCCACCUGCAGCGCCAGCAUCCCUUACGGGUGCCAGUUCAAGUCCCAGCUGUUCCAUUUCUGAUCUAGCUCCCUGCUGAUGUGCCUGGGAAAGCAGUAGAGGAUGGCCCGAGUCCUUGGGCUCCUGCACCCACAUAGGAGACCCAGAUGAAGCUCCUAGCUUUGGCCUGGCCCAGCCCCGGCCUAUGUGGCAAUCCUGGGGAGUGAACCAGUAGAUGCAAGAUCUCUCUCUCUCUCUGCCUCUCCUUUAUAACUCUUUCAAACAAAUAAAUCAUGUUUAAAAAAAAAAAAAAAGGAAAAAAUCCUCAUCAUUUAGGCUCUUGGGAGCCAGGAAAGCAGAAAGAUGGAGAGGAAGGUUGGGGAAGCAGUAAGGACCCAGAGACCGGCAGACUUCCCAGUAUUUCACAAAGAUGCGGUGGUUUCUGAGUUGCAGGCUUUACCUAAUAAUGAAACAUCUAAGACUAACAGACAGGAAUAGUUUAAAAAGAGUAAGCUAAAUUACGUAUCACUUAGUAAAUAACUGUUGUAUCCACACUGACCUCUUUUGCCAAUGAUGGAGUCAGUAUGGUGGAUACUUUUGUGGCCCUCUUGUUCCAUUUGAGUUUAUUUAUGUGGUGAAAACACAAAAUUCAAACACUCUGUUAACCAUACAAUUGAAAAGAUAACCUUUCACUCUCUGUGGCUGGCGCUUACAUGUAAAAUAUAUAUUGGAUUUCAGGCAAUAAAAGAUUAUAAACUAUUAUUUAAA